AGUGGUGUGGGAAUUAGUAGUGUAGCUCAAAAUCUAGCUCCUAACAUCGAUGACGUCCGACACAUCGAGGAAAAAAUGCUUCGACUAUUGGAGGAUUUUGAAGCCGGAAAGAUCGUGUCGGUUGAUUGCCCCUCUGACAAGUUGGAUGCUGUUCGUGAACAGCAAGAAGAGUUAAUGCGUCUUCACUUUGAAUUGGACAACAAAAUGCAAAAUGUAGCCGGACCCAUAUCUGGUCGAAAUAGGCAACAGAAACGAAGGCUUACAGCGUCUGCUUUUCGAUACACCAUCACCAUAAAUCUUCGGUUUUUUAGAUUACUAAUGGAAGAAGGAAGAAAGACAUCAAAAUCGAACUUGUCAACGCUUGUGAACAAACUCGAGGAAUUGAGCGUUUCUAUGUAG